UGCUUGCUUGAGUUUUCCGUUGCUGAAACUCCUUACAGGAGCUCCUGGGUACUUUUCCCCUCCGUUUUAGCCUGUUGAACACAAUGCCAUUCACGCCACCGGGCGAAAACAGGCGAAGCUCCUGCUCCGUUUUCCCAACAAUGUGGAGAACAUGCAGUAUUUUUUGCGCAUGGACUCUACUGUUCUUGACAGAAGUCUGUGCGCAGUCCCAGCAGAGACCAAUCUUUACAUGUGGCGGAAACAUCACGGGAGAGUCUGGAGUAAUCGGGAGCCAGGGGUACCCAGGAGUUUACCCUCCAAAUACCAAAUGUGUGUGGAGAAUCACAGUCCCAGAGGGCAAGGUGGUGGUACUGUCAUUCCGCUUCAUUGAUCUGGAGAACGACAACCUGUGUCGCUAUGAUUAUGUGGAUGUCUACAGCGGCCAUGUCAAUGGACAGAGACUGGGUCGCUUCUGUGGGACGUUCAAGCCAGGAGCCCUUGUUUCCACAGGCAACAAGAUGCUCCUGCAGAUGGUAUCCGAUGCCAACACUGCUGGGAGUGGCUUCCUGGCUGUUUUCUCUGCUGCCCAUUCACAUGAGCGAGGGGACCAGUACUGUGGAGGCAGGCUGGUUAAGCCCUCUGGGACUUUCAAAACACCCAACUGGCCUGAGAAGGACUACCCAGCUGGAGUGACCUGCUCCUGGCAUAUAGUAGCACCAAAGAACCAGAUUAUUGAGGUGAAGUUCGAGAAGUUCGAUGUGGAACGAGACAACUACUGCCGCUACGACCACGUCUCUAUUUUCAACGGGCCGGAAAUAAACGAUGCGAAGAGGAUUGGCAAAUACUGCGGAGACAGCCCCCCAGCGCCGGUGUUGUCGGAGGGGAAUCAGCUCCUAAUCCAGUUCCUGUCAGAUCUCAGCCUGACUGCCGACGGCUUCAUUGGGCACUACAAGUUCAGACCAAAGAAAUUCCCCACCACAACAAUACUGCCUACAACUACCACACAGCCAGUCACCACCAGGCCAAUACCUCUGAAGUACUCUGUUGCCCUGUGCCGGCAGAAAUGCAAAAGACGAGGAACGCUUGAGAGCAAUUACUGCUCCAGCAAUUUUGUGAUAACUGGAACUGUUAUUACCGCGGUGAUUAGAGGUGGAAGUAUGCACGCCACUGUCUCUAUUAUCAACGUGUAUAAAGAAGGCAACCUGGCAAUCCAGCAGGCAGGAAAGACAAUGAGCACCAAAAUCGUUAUCCUGUGCAAAAAGUGCCCAGUUAUCAGAAGAGGCUUGAACUACAUCUUCAUGGGCCAGGUGGACGAGGAGGGCCGCGGAAAGAUCGCCCCGCACCACUUUGUUAUGGCGUUUAAGACAAAGAACCAAAAAGGACUCAACGUUUUGAUAAACAAGCAGUGCUGAGUUCCGGUAGCUCUGGUGAUCUUCUGUUAACUGGUCUGCCCGAGGCUCAUCUGUGGAUGGAAAUUAUUACGUGAAAAAACAAAAGCAAUCUCCUUCUCAAGAACACAAACUAAGGAUAUGAAAACAAUUCUGAAUGUGUUUGCGGAGCCGCCGCUGCAAAUUAUGGAAACUACAUGAUUUAUUCAGUUGAUGGAAACUUCGUGUGUUCAGUCAUUUUCCUGUCCAGUCACGGUAAAAAGAAAGUACAUCCUCUGUCACUUCUUAUAUUUUAUGUGUUAGGAUAAUAAAUACAUUUAAAAAAUGUAAUCAAAGUAUUUAUUUAACAAAACCCAAGUCAAAAGGUAGAAGCCAUUUGUAGAACAGCCAAGCUCAGUAGGUUAGUAUGAUUCAAUAGCUUUAAGAACCUAUUUUAGCAGCAAUAACUAGAAAUUAUUUGUAUGACUUUUCAGUCUCACAUCCUUCUGGAUGAAUUCUCAAGAUCCUGUCCAGCACUGGACUUUGAUUGGGCCACUGUGUCACCUUGAUUCUUUUCUUUUUCUGCAAUUCUGUUGUAGAUUUGCUGGAAUGUUUGGGAUCAUUGUCCUGUGCCAAAUUUAGUGAAAACCAAACACAGCAUAUAAGCAUGAAGACCUCAUACAGGCUGCCAAGUACCAUAGUGGAGGGGUGAUGAUCACAGGACCUGGACACUGUGCAGUCACUGAGCUCACCAUGAGCUCUCUAUACAAAAGGAUGACCAGUUUCAGCCCAGCAUUAGCUGUCAGAGAGAUGGCCUCACAUUUGACUGUAGAAUAUUUUGGGAUACAAAGGAGCUUUGAUAUGCUGUGUGUGGUUUUUGACAAACGUGAGACUGUGGAUUAUGACCAAACACUCACUUUGGUUUCAUGUGUCCAAAGCACAUUGUUCCAGAAAUCUUGUGGUUUGUUCAGAUAUAGCUUUCCAAACCUAAGCCAUGCUGCCAAGUACUUUGGAUGAGAGGAGGCUUUUGCCUUGCAACCCUUCCAAAUAAGCUGCACUUGUUCGGUCUCUUUCUAACUGUGCUAACAUCCAGUUUUACAUUUACCGUGUUUACUGAGACCUGUAGAGUCUGAGAUGUAGCGGCCUGACCUUGAAGUGAAUUAGCUGGGAUGUCCACUCCUGGGAAGAUUGGCACCUGUGAAUGUUUUUAAUGACUGUAUAGAACAGGGAUGUCAAACACAAGGCCCGCGGGCCAGAAUUGGCCUGGAAAGAUUCCAAUCUGGCCCACUAGACAGCUUUGGAAACAAACACACUUACACACACAAAAACAUGCAUCCCUGCCGUAGAGCGAUGGACUUCAUAUCUUUUGGGCUUAGAACAGCUCUUAGCAACAGUUUCUUCUCUAAGAUCAUCGCUGAUGUCUUUCCUCUUCGGCAUUGUGUUAACACAAAACUGAAGACACCAGACAAUAAAAACUGCCAAAACUUGAUGUCACAUAGGUGCUCACACUCGAUGACGAUCAGUUAAUCGAAUGCAUUGAUUAGCAGCUGCUUUCCCCUCAUUGGCCUCUUAACUCACAUGUAAGCAGUAAGGGUGUACAUACUGCUUCUGCAUUUAAGCCUUAGUUUUUGUGUAAUAUGUCAUGUUUUGUAGUCCAUCUGAAGCUGUAUUUAUCUGAUUUUGAGCCCUGCUAAGGAGCAGAUGGUUUUUAUUAUGUCCUGAUACAUAAAACCUUAGAACUGAAAGUGAGUGUACUUUACUUUUUGUUUUGUUUUUUCUUUCUCUCUCUCUUUUUUUUUUUUUUUUUUUUACCAUGACUGUAAAUUGGAUGGUUACAGAACAAACAAGACACGGAGAAAUUCCCAUCUGUCUUCAAUUAAAAAGAACAGUAAGUCUGUUUUGUGUCCUCAGACUAAUCAGCAACAAAAAUUACUUGAGGUUUUCACAUUCAUGUCAUGAUUCUAGCACAGAAUUAAACUGACCCCAGUCACCGGUGUCUGAAAUAGGCAGAACACCAAUUUAUUAUAAUGUUUCAUAAGAUAAACAUUAUUCAUAUUUUAAAAAUUCAGUGUGCACAUCUGUUCUGGCAUUCCAUAGUGGCAGUUUUCCUCAGAGUAUUCCAUAUUCUGCCUUUCAGUUUUACCCUUUGAGGCUCUUGAAUACAAUGUGAAUAAAGGAUGGGACUGAUGCAUUAAAUAAAGAUGUCAGUUUGGCGGACUAGUCAUUAAUUUAACAAGCUCGCUUAAUAUCCACAGGGGGGAUUUGUUGCAGCUAUUUGUCGUAGCUUUAAUGAUGGUUUAGCACCUGCCAUUAAAUUCCCAAGUUCGGUUUUAAUGGGCAGGUUUGGAAGUGUUAAUUGUGGUGAUUUAAUGUGCAAUAUUUAAUACAUGCAAUAUUCUUUCAGUUCUUCUGGUUUCACGCUAACCAAGCGAGGAGCUUAUUUGCUGAAGCUUUUUUCUCGAGCACCAUCAUCAUUAUGAUAUUUUCUUAGUGUCUUUUUUUUAGAAGCAAAGGUAUGAAA